AUGUUUAUUUUUCUGGUGAAUUAAUAAAGCAUCAAAAUGAAUUAUAAAGUGGAAUUGGGACAUUUUAAAAAAGAUGAUAAAAUAUUUGCAUCAAUGAAGGGAAGUCUAACAAUCAAUGAAUAAUUAAUAUCAAUAUUUCCAUCCCAUUAAUAAGAUCAUGAAUUGAAAAUAGGAGCAAUUAUUAUAGGGUAAGUUAGCAUCAUUAGAGAAGAUAGGGUUUUUGUUAAGAUUUUAAAGAUAAAUGAAGUGAAGGAUAACAAUUACAUAGAAGGUGUCUUAAGGUAUUGAAGUCAGAUCAAAUGAUAAAAAAUAAAACAUCAUAUUGCACGAAAUUGAUUUGAUCGAAAUGAAUAAAUGUUAUUUGCCAGGAGAUAUAAUAAAAGCAAGAAUCAUCUCAUAUGGGGAUUCCUUAAAAUUAUAUUUGAGCACAGCAGAAGAUGAAUUAGGUGUAUUGAUAGCUGAACACUAAGAAACAUAGAAACUGAUGAUUCCUUUAUUUUGGGAUGAAAUUCUUUCUGUAGAAAGUGGUUUAAUAGAAAAAUGA